UUGCCUAAAUCAAGUCGUCGGCGUGCUACAUUGAUUGACCGCAACUUAGAUUAACUCGUGUUUCAAUCGGUCAGAGUCCACUCUCUCUUUCUCAUCUCUCAAUAACUCAUCUUUGAUCAUCUUCUAGUGUUACUGGUAUAUUCUUUCACAUAUUUAGGCUCCCAAAUAUCAAAGAUAUGUCUGGUUCAAGUGCUGAUGCAAUUUCAAGCGUUGUGAUUGAAUCUGAGUACUCGUGCCAAGACAUGUCUGGUUUAAGUGCUGAUUAUGCAAUUUACUCAUGCCAAGAUAUGUCUGGUUUAAGUGCUGAUGAUGCAAUUUCAAGCGUUGUUAUUGAAUUUGAGUACUCAUGCCGUUGCUUUUCACUAGCUGAGAUACAAUCAAUUACCAACAAUUUUAAUGAAGAAUUAGUUAUUGGGAUGGGCGGAUUUGGUAAGGUAUACAAGGGGUUCAUCGACAACGGGGCUACAGCUGUUGCCAUAAAGAGGUUGAAAGCAGAGUCCAAUCAAGGCGCACAGGAGUUCUGGAAUGAGGUCAAGAUGUUGUCUAAGCUCCGGCACACUCAUCUUGUUUCUCUGAUCGGCCAAUGCAACGACUGCCAAGAAAUGAUCCUUGUUUACGAAUAUAUGGCUCGUGGGACCCUAGCCGAUCAUCUCUAUAAAACAAGUAGAAACCAAACUAAAAUUAGUACUUUUCAUCUAACAUGGGAGCGAAGGCUCAACAUUUGCAUCGGUGCAGCACGAGGGUUAGACUACCUUCAUACCGGUACCGAUCAAAGUUUCAUACACCGAGAUGUGAAGACCACAAACAUUCUGUUGGAUGAGAAUUGCGUAGCCAAGAUUUCAGAUUUUGGGCUGUCCAAAGGCAGUACAAGCAAUUCAGCAACCCAUGUUAGCACAAAAGUCAAAGGUACAUUUGGGUAUUUUGAUCCAGUUUAUUUCUAUACCCAGAGACUAACCAAGAAAUCUGAUGUGUAUGCCUUCGGUGUGGUGUUGUUGGAAGUUCUCUGCGGGAGGCCGCCGGUGGAUACAAGACUCGAGGAGGAGGAAAUUAGUUUAAUCCUUUGGGCUCAACGACACAUUAAAAAGGGAAAGGUUGAUCGAAUCAUUGAUCCCUCAUUGAUUGGGCAAAUAACACCACAAAGUCUAAAGUACUUUGUAGAAGUUGCCUACAAUUGUUUACAUACUGGUUCAAAGGAAAGGCCGACAAUGGCUGAAGUGGUGGGGACUCUUGAUCUUGCAUUGUUGUCACAACGUAAAGGACAAUCAAGGGGAAUAAUCGGAAAGGUGCUUCAGGGUAUUGCAACUGUGCCUAAAGGUAUGAAUCAUUGGUGGUGGGAGAGAAAGGAGAAUGGUUUUAAGAGUGGACCAUCAAAUGAUUCAUUUUGGGAACCACUUCCAGAUAGUGUCACCCGACAACUCCGUCGCUUCUCACUGGCUGAUAUUCGAGCAGCCACAAAUGAUUUCAGUGAGGAUCGUUUGAUCGGAAAAGGUUGUCUUUGCAAGGUGUACAAAGGGUAUUUGGAUGGGGAAACUGGUAUUGUUGCGAUCAAAAGGUUCAAGGAGUUGAAAUCAUUGCAACUCUGGGAAGAAGCUAGGGUUGAGAUUGAGGUACACUCUCUACUCGACAGUCACCCCCACAUAGUCUCUCUAAUUGGAUUCUACAAUGAGAAACCAGAGUUAAUCGGCGUGUAUGAUUACAUGACAAAUGGAUCCUUGGAAGAUCAUUUAUUCAACAUAAACAGCGAUCCACCUUUGUGGAAAGAGCGACUCAAGAUUUGCAUUGGUGUAGCAAGAGGACUACAACAUCUCCAUUCGAGUGUGAAGCAUAGAGUUAUCCACUGCAACGUAAAGCCAGCCAAUAUUCUGUUGGACGAGAAUUGGGUUGCAAAAGUGACUGAUUUUGCAAUCUCUAAACUAAUACCCAAUGACGUUGCAUAUGAAUCAAUUACAGUUUCAAGGAUUUGUGGCACUUAUGGAUAUAUGGCACCAGAGUACGCCAUACAUGGAAAAUUGACAACAAAAUCUGACGUAUAUUCAUUUGGUAUGGUGCUGUUGGAAUUAUUGUGUGCCAAGAAGUUACGUACUUUUAGCCUGUAUGAAGGUGACGAGUGCCCCCUUGACCAUUGGUCCAAAAGUAGCUGCAAAAGAGGAACCAUUGAUCAAGUCAUUGAUCCAUAUCUGAUUGGGAAAAUAGCACCAGAAUGCUUCAAGGAGUUUGUCAAGAUUGCAUUGAGUUGUAUUCUUUUUCAGGUAAUCCAACGACCCUCGAUGGAUGAUGUGGUAACGAGUCUCCAGUUAGCAUUGCAAUUGCAGGAGACUUGGGAGACUUGUAUCGAGAUUGGUGUUGAGUUAUCUAUGACCGAACCUAGUUCUUACAACGUCUUCUCUAUUGAUGAACUGAGCAACAACGUCUUCUCUAUUGAUGAACCGAGCAACAUCGUCUUCUCAAUUGAUGAACUGAGCCAUUCGGAUACUUAUGAUGUUCUAACUUUAAAUAACGUCUUCUGUAUUGAUGAACUGAGCCAUUCGGAUACUGAUGAUGUUCCAACUUUAAAUUCUGAUGUAUGAUGGAGUGGAUCAAUGUUUGACUCGGAUUUUGAUGAGUUAACCCGUUAGCAAAGAGUCUAUGCAUCUCUGUAAGAGAGCUUGAAUUUGGUUCUUUUCACUUGUGUAUGUCUCUGCUUCUUAUGUGUUUAGGGUGUAUUUUAGAUUUGUUAAGUUUGUUUAUAUUAGUGGAUUUAUGUUGGUCAAUUUUUU